GAGGGUUCCUCUGCCUGACGACGAGGAGCAACCCCUCGAACCUGCGCUACAAGGCGGAGCUGGAGGUGGUGCUGGAGCAGCUGGAGAGGCAAGGAGCCUGGCAGAAGGUCCUGGUCCAGGAGGUGGAGAACUGGGAGAGGGCCACCUCCGAGGAGGAGAGCACCCAGGGCACCGGCUACAUCUCUGGCGUGGUCUACAUCUACCAAAAAUGCCCCGUGCCCCCUGUCGAGGAGGGCUGA